GUCGCCGCUUCCCAUUCGUCUUUGCAGCCGCUGUCUGUCCCCGACCGCUCUUUGUCGCGCCGAUCCCAGGGACCGCAAACCGUCGCACGGCAGCACGACAGCCAUCACAUUCUCUACCGCACCUUGGAGUCGUCGCACAUCGCCGGCCGGUGUGCCAGUCGCUGUGCUGGGCCGCUGCCUCUCCUUUCCAUCCUCUUAAUCCGCAACGCCGAUCCCUGAGCCUGCGACAUUGUCACCACCGUCACCAUGGCCGCCUUCACCAAAAGAGAUGUCGAAAAUGUCAUGCGAACCAUCUUCCGCCGCUGCAUCGAAUGCGACAAGGGGACGCCUUCCUGCGCCGGCGUCACUUGCCCGAGCAACCAAAUCUGCGUCCAGAUCCCACCCAGUUGCAAUGUCUGCUCCCAUGUAGAUUGCAGACCUGAUCCUGCCGUCGGAGGCUCCGCAUCUUCGAACAAGCCAAACGUAGGGGCCAUCGCCGGAGGCGUGGUUGGCGGUGUCGCAUUCAUCGCCAUUCUGGUCUUCGUCAUAUGGAAGUUCUGCCUGAAGGGAAAGAGACAGCCGUACCAGGAGGGAGAGUGGCAGGAGGUGGAUAUGGCGGCACACGAGAAGGGCGAGAUCGACUUUGUGUCGCGGAGGAGCACUCGGGCGUCUACACACACCGUUGCCUCCAUGGCCUCGUCCGUCCUCACUCGCGCCUCCAACAUCAUCCAGAUUGCAUACAUCCCCGGCGUCACGAACCGCUCCGGCCCCGGAUCUCCAGACUUGCUGGUCCCACCGGUGCCCCCGAUCCCCGCCAUGUCCCCUUCAUCCGGUCUCAGCAGCCCGUACGCCGACUCGGAACAGCACUUCUUCGUGCCAGACUUCCGCGACUCAAUGGUAUCCAGCACCACCGACGGACGCAGCAGCUACGCCCGUACUAGCAUUGCGCCGAGUCUCGCAAGGGGCAGCGUCGCAUCUACCGUCUACCGCCAGAAUGCCAUCGUGUCUCCCCUUCCAGCUCAGACCAUCGUGCGAGGAAAGGCUGCUGUUGUCAGCGUCAAGUCGAGUGGCUCCAAUAGCCCAGCAGAGACGCCGAGCACGGAGGCCCCGCCGGUACCCCAGAUCGACCCGAAGCACACUGGGCAACCGAUCCGCAUUCAAAUGCCGCGAAUGAUGAGCGGUUCUUCCGUGAGCUCACAGAGCUCCAUCAGAAGCAUUGCGACGCUUGGCCCGGUCCGCGCACUGAACAUUACCAAGAAGAAGGCGACCGAGGUCACGACCCCAAAGCGCUCUCCUUCCAAUGCGAGCGCAAAAACUUCCUCUACUUCAACCUCAGAAACUCUGGUUCCUCCAAUGCGACCGCUUACGGAAAUAUCCGUAGCAUCCACCGACGACGGUGUCGCGCACGCACGUGCAAGGAGAGCCGCCGACGUGGAAUCGGACUCCGAGUCCGAUGAUGACGAUCACUCCCGCGCGCGACGCAGCCUUUUGCCCUCAGGAAGCGAGCGCGAUAGUGAUAUUACUGAGAUUCAAGAUACACCGGGCAUGCUGCAGAGUCCCUUCUCCGACAGCUCGACGAUUGACCGUCCGGACCUGCCGCAGCGACACACAUCGCGGUCGAGCGCGCUGCGCGCACCCAUGACGCCCAUCGCCGAGGAGUCGAAACGUGCAAGCAGCGCAUCAAAGCGCACGCAGAGCCCGUUCUCAGACGACAACAGGAGCGAUCUCGGGUGAAGCGCUCCAUGACGGAAAGCAAAGGGAAUUUCAUUCGGGCGUUUUGGGAAAGCCACCUCAUCGGUGAGCAACUUCGGGAUAAGAU